AUGUCAGAUAUUGUGACACCACAUUCAAGACCACUAACUCCUAAUCCACAAUCAUCUGCUUCUUCCAAUCAUUCAUCAACUAAAUUACAAGUACCUCCAUUUGAAAAAUCAAUAUAUGAAUCACUAAAUCAUUUAUACAAAAAUUUAUUAGAAUUAAAGAAUAAUAGAGAUAUAUAUAUAAAUUCAAAACAAACUUAUACUAUAUAUGAUCAGUUUUUGAAUAUCAUUUAUGAUUUAAAAUUAGUUAGAAAAGAUGAAGAAUUAAAAGGUUUAACUUUGGUUAUACCAAAUAAUAAUGAUUUAAUAAUUGAUGAUAUUUUUCAAUUAAUAUCUUUAUGUUUUGUUACUUGUGGUUUAAUUAAGUUUGCUCCUGCUACUUAUUCAAGUUUAUCUACUGUUAUGAAAUUAUUAAAUCAUUUAAAAGAAUGUAAAGUUUAUACAAUGGAGGAUUUACAACCAAUUGGUUCAAGAUUAGAAGAAAUUAGAGAUAUAAUUUUAAAUUCAAAUGAAAAUUAUGAAUUAGAUGAUCAUGAUCAAUUUUCAAAAGGGUUACAAGAUAAUCAUCAAAUUGAAGAAACUUUAUUAAGAAAUAAAUUAAAUAAAUGUGAACAUUUGUAUGAUGAAUUGGUUGAUAAUUUUAAUAAUUUUCCAAAAGAUUUAGAACCAAUAUAUCAUAAAUUAAUUAAUAUUAGAAAAAAUAUAUUAAAUUAUAUAACAAAUCUAAAACAAGAUACAAGUGGUAAAGUUGAAAAUGUUACAAAUAAAAUUGAAUCAUUUAAAACUGAGUUGAAAAAGAUUGAAAAAUUAAGAGAUGAACACGAUGGUAAAUUUCAUAGUGAUUUAGAUGACAAUAGAUUAGAAUCAAGUCAAGCUAUAAUAAACGGUUUAAUUGAUGACUGUAAUAAUUUAUUGAAUGAUUUGUUAAUUCAUGAAGAAGAAAUUUCUUUAGAAAAUUUAAAGAUAUCUGAUUCAAAAGAUGAAGUUAAAUUAAAAUUUGAUUCUUUAUAUCAACAAUUACUAGAUUUAAAAUUAACUUUAGAAAAUUUAUUAAUUACAAGAAGAUGGACAUUAAGAGAAACUGAUUUAUAUAAUUAUCAAAAAUUAUUAAAAACAAUAGAUGAUGAAAGAAUUCAAUUAAUGAAAUCUGCCACCACCAAAUCACAAGAUUAUAAAAAAUCACAAACUUUAAUUUUAUAUUUAUUAAGACGAUGUUAUAGUAUAAUUUAUAAAUUAUUAGAAUCAAGUGAACCAGUAAGUGAAAGUUUAACUCCUAUACAUAAUCAAUUACAAACUGUUAAAAGAUGUUUAUUAGAAUUAAAAAGAGUUGAUGGUUUAAAUAAUUUAAGAGAAUUAUAUCCUUUUCAAUUUAAAUUAGGAUCAAUUGAUAAUUUAAGAAAAGAUGGAAAAUUUAUUAUUGAUAAUCAUGUACCUGAAGGUCAAGGUGCUUUAUGUGCUUUAUUAAGUGAAUGUUUUGAUAUUUUACAAGAAAUGAAGAUUGAAUUGGAAGAAAAAGAAUUGGAAAAUGGUGAUGAUUUAAUUAACGAUGAUAUAAAUGGAGGUUCUUUUACAAAUUCAAAACAUUUAAAUGAUGCUGAUGGUGAUAUAAAUUUAACUGAUGAUGAAGUUGAAAUUAAAAGAAAUAGAUUUAAAGAAUUUAAACCUGCUGAUUAUGAUAUUGAAACUGAAUCAGUUUUUGAUGAUGAUGAUGAUGAUGAUGAUGAUGAUUAUAAAAUGAGUGAAAAUGAAUAUGAGGAGAAUGAUUAUUAUUAG